AUGUCUGAAAAUGAAUGAGUAUGUAACUAUUGAAUAGUUAACAAAUUCUUCAACCAAGGGAAAUAUUUAAAUAGACAUACAAAUCAUACUGACUAGUUGACUCAUGUAGUUUGUUACUUGGUCCUGAUAAGUGUUCCUCAUAAUUCGAUAGUGAUAAUUAAAAAAUGUUAAACAUCAAUAAACAGCUCCCUUUUAAAUGUCCAGUAUGUUCAAUUAUCUUCUCAUCUCAGUGGAAAAUGAGGACACAUAUAUUAGAGCAUACGGGUGAGCGGCCCUUUAAAUGUUUGAUAUGUGAGCAAACCUUUGUACAACUAAAACUAGUAAAGAGUCAUUUGAUGAAACACUCUGAGGAGAGCCCUUACAAGUGCUCUACAUGCGGAAAAUCUUUCACAACCAACAAUAAUAUGAAGAGACAUUUAUUGGUUCAUACUGGAGAGCGACCUUAUAAGUGCAGUACAUGCGGAAAAUAUUUCAAAACCAAAAAUGAAAUGAAAAGACAUUUAUUGGUUCAUACUGAAAAGCGACCUUAUAAAUGCAGUACAUGCGGAAAAUCUUUCAAAACCCAAAUUGCUAUGAAAAAACAUUCAUUGGUUCAUACUGGAGAGCGACCUUAUAAGUGCAAUACAUGCGGAAAAUCUUUCACAACCCAAAAUGUUAUGAAAAGGCAUACAUUGGUUCAUACUGGAGAGCAACCUUAUAAGUGCAGUACAUGUGGAAAAUCCUUCACAACCAAUAGCAAAAUGAAGGAACAUGCAUUAGUUCAUAGUGGAGAGCGACCUUAUAAGUGCAGUACAUGCGGAAAAUCUUUUACAACCAAUAGCAAAAUGAAGCAACAUGCAAUAGUUCAUACCAUAGAGCGACCUUAUAAGUGCAGUACAUGUGGAAAAUCCUUCAAAACCAAUGGCAAAAUAAAGGAACAUGCAUUAGUUCAUAGUGGAGAGCGACCUUAUAAGUGCAGUACAUGUGGAAAAUCUUUUACAACCAAUAGCAAAAUGAAGGAACAUGCAUUAGUUCAUAGUGGAGAGCGACCUUAUAAGUGCAGUACAUGCGGAAAAUCUUUCACAAACAAAAUUUAUAUGAAGAAACAUACAUAUGUUCAUACUGGAGAGCGACCUUAUAAGUGCAGUACAUGCGGAAAAUCUUUCACAGACAUAAAUGUUAUGAAAAGUCAUACAUUAGUUCAUACUGGAGAGCGACCUUAUAGUAAUCAUUAA